UCCUUCUGACUUUCUCAUUCCUUCUCGUGUAACAUGAUUAUUGUUUAAUAAAGGUUGCCGAAUUUCAAAAAAGAAGAAGAAAAAAACACCCCACCCCACCCCUUCUUUUGGCAUUGGGAAAGGCGAACAAGGAACCCUAGCCUGAGGCCUGCGAGCGAUGGCGGCGGUUGGAUGCGCGGCCAGGAGGCUCGGCGGCUCCCUGCUCCAGCAAACGCAGACGGCGGCCACCUCACCUGCGAUCGCGGAGGAGCGACGCCGGCUCGUGACACGGCUCAUGCACACCAACGAGCAUUCUGGUGAAGACGUUUUGCGCCAGAUCCAGCAGAAGAAAAAGGAGCUGUAUGAUAUGAUACUUAAGGCGGAGAAGAAUUUCAUGACUAGUAACUGGCGUAACAGAGGGCUACUCCGGCAUCUUUCUGUACAAAUCGAUCCAAUGCCACAUGACUUGCAAUGGCACCGGUUAAGGUUAUCCAAAAGGGCUACCAAUGUGGUGAAGAUAGUUGGGGUUAUUACAUUAACAUCUAUGGUUGCUACUGGUUCGUUUAGUUACCAAGAUUUCAAAGAUUAUCUCGCAGACAGAAAGAAGCUACCCAAGGCUGUUAAGAAGAAAAAUCAGCGCUCACAGGAAGAAGCUAGUCCGGCCUGUUAAGAAGAAAGAUCAGUGAAGACAACAUCUUGUUUGACGGAGAAUCAAAGAUGAUGUCUGGAUAUCAACUUGUUUUCAGUUUAUGACCUGUAUCAGCUUGUUUUCAGUUUAUGAUGACCUGUUAGCUAGCACUAUAUGCUACUCAUGCAUCUUUGUGAUCUUGUAUGACAUGGUAUGUUAUUAGAG